GCUCAAAGUCACCUCGGGCCAUACCGAAGUUGCGGUACUGACAUACAGGUCAAAUAAUGUGGAGAAAAUGCGAUUGUCGACUUCUUGUCUGUUAGCAACCUUACCCAGCUUCAUCAUCGUAGCUUCUGAUUUGGCAGUUGGACACGCCAGUUCGAAAUCUUGGCCUCCGCGGCCGAUCCGUUGACGGCUAGCGCCGUGAACAGCUACGCAACCCGGUCGGCCUAAGAAAGCACGGCCAGCCAGACUUUGUACGUAGUACGAGUAUCCGUAGACCGGCGCGGAAGCAAGCGAGACAAGGACCCCCGCCAAAACAACAGCGCCGAGCCUGUGCACUGACGACUCUGCAAUACAACACCAUCCUGCUAGAUGGAGUAGAUCGACUCUGCGGGAAGAGGACUCCGCUUCGCGCUACCAUAUAGACCGACCCAAGCCAGCGGGUAAGGCAGGCACAAAAUGGCAGCCUCCAACUUUGUCACCAGGCAGUACGCCUAUGAAGCCUUUGUCGAAAGCUGCGGUGCAAUCCUCUUCGACUCGCCCAGAAACCCAGCAAGGGUCUGCCUGCUCCGUUACCUGGCCACAAAUGAAUGGCUUCUGGCCAAGGGCAGACGCAAUUGCGGCGAGUCGAGGCACGAGGCAGCCUUGCGGGAGGUGCUGGAGGAGACGGGCUUCCGCUGCCGACUUCUGCCUGUUGAUAUGGCCACGCGGGCGCCGGCACCGGAUGACGAUGCGAAUGCUCCCGAUCAAGCAGCCGCGCGUCGAGGAAUCACGGAGCCGUUUAUGCUGACUAUGCGAGGACUUGAUGGAGGGGCUGGAGUGAAACUCAUUUGGUGGUAUGUUGCGACUCUCGAGGAGGGAGCAGCGGUAGAGACGGCUGGCGGGGAGACUCAGUUUAGUGCGAGCUUCUUUGGUCUUGAUGAAGCUGCUCAAAAGCUCACUUUUGAGGACGACCGAGACGUUCUGAGGAAGGCCAUCCAACUCGUCAGAAAGACCACUCUUGGGUCAUAGACAGCCAAAUUCGGUCAACGAUCACCUUCUACCUAGCUCAUGCUCCCCGCUUCCAAUGAAGAUGCAUUUCUCAAUUGGGCCUGGGCUUUGCAAUACGCGCAGCUGCGCAGGUAAUGUCGGGGCAAUAUCCACCCUUUUCUUCAAUGGCGCUAUCCCUC